AUGCCAGGACAGUCCGGAAAGGUGCUUUUGGCCUACUCUGGUGGACUCGACACGUCCACCAUCCUCGCAUGGCUCAUCGAUGAGGGCUACGACGUCAUCGCCUUCAUGGCCGACGUCGGCCAGGAGGAGGACUUCGAGGCCGCUCGCUCCAAGGCGCUCAAGUGCGGCGCCAAGGACUUCAUCCUCGCCGACCUCAAGCGCGAGUUCAUCGAGGAGCUCAUCUUCCCCGCCGUCCAGGCCAACGCCAUCUACGAGGACGUCUACCUGCUCGGCACCUCGCUCGCCCGUCCCGUCAUCGCUCGCGGCAUGAUCGAGGCCGCCGACAAGACCGGCUGCCAGUACGUCUCGCACGGCUGCACCGGUAAGGGCAACGACCAGGUCCGCUUCGAGCUCGCCUUCUACGGCCUCAAGCCCGACAUCAAGGUCAUCGCCCCGUGGCGUAUCCCCGAGUUCUUCAACCGCUUCGCCGGCCGAUCCGCGCUGCUCGAGUACGCAGAGUCCAAGGGCAUCCCCGUCACCCAGACCAAGGCAAAGCCCUGGUCCACCGACGAGAACCUCUUCCACAUCUCCUACGAGGCCGGCAUCCUCGAGGACCCCAACACCACCCCGCCCGCCGACAUGUGGAAGCUCACAAAGAGCCCCGAGACCGCCCCGGACACCCCCGAGAACAUCGUCAUUGAGUUCCAGCAGGGCAUCCCCUCCAAGGUCAAGGUCGCCUCCACCGGCAAGGAGCACACCGACCCCGUCGACGUCUUCCUCACCCUCAACCAGCUCGCUCGCGAGCACGGCAUCGGCCGUAUCGACAUUGUCGAGAACCGCUUCAUCGGCGUCAAGUCGCGCGGCUGCUACGAGUCGCCCGGUGCGACCAUUCUGCGUGCCGCCCAUCUCGACCUCGAGGGCCUCACGCUCGACCGUGAGGUGCGCCGAAUCCGCGACCAGGUCAUCACCACCAAGUUCUCCGAGCAGCUCUACUACGGCUUCUUCUUCUCGCCCGAGUGCGAGUUCGUCCGAUCCUGCAUCCCGCAGUCGCAAAAGACCGUCAACGGCCAGGUCAAGCUCAAGCUCUACAAGGGCAACGUCAUCGUCGAGGGCCGCAGCUCCGAGGAGCUCCUCUACGACGAGAAGUUCACCUCCAUGGACGAGCAGGGUGGCUUCGACUCGGCUGCCACCAGCGGCUUCAUCACCGUCCAGGCCAUCAGGCUGCGCCGAUACGGUCUCGGCUUGACCGAGCGCGGCCAGGCCGGCUCCGAUCGCCAGACCGCUUACGCCAUCCGCAAGUAG